AUGGCAGAGCCUUGGGAAGCUGCAGCCGAGGUCCGGCUUUUCCUAACCUGGGCCUUGUGUCGCCAUGGCUUCCCCUUCCCGGGACAGACGGGAAGCCCUGGCACAGCUGUCCCAAUGCUCCCCGAGGGCUCCCUGAGGGCUGAGGGGUGGCAGGCAGAGAAGCUCAGGGUCAAGACACUUGCCACGGAACUUGGGGACCCCCAGGCUGAGAUACAAGAUUCUGGAAAAAUCAGACACCCCUCCCCCAAGCUGCAGACCGCCGGCCGAGGUUCCGGGGUGGCCUCUCCGGGCCCUGACGGCUGGGGCUGCAGCUCGGGCCCUGCUGGCAGGGGACCCUCGGCAGGAAGCCAGGAGGAAGGAGCUUUUCCUCUCCCUGCUCGGAGGACCGGCUUGGUCCCUGGGAUUCAGACCCCACCCCGGCCUCGGGCUCACGUUGCUCCGCCUCCCUGGGCAGGGACACCCCCUACCUUCUCAAGUGCUCACAUGGCCUGGGCAGGAAAUCGCAUGAUGUGCUCGCUUGUGAAGAUAACAGGGCCACCACUCCCCAGCUGGGCGUCCUCAAAGGUGUGGGGUGCAGUCAGAAGGACACCUGCCUUCCCGUCACCUGGCCCCACUCUGGCCCCUCCUACCUCUCCUGGACUACAAAGGCAGCCUCCACCUCUGCCUCCAUCUCGGUUUGCCCCAGCCACAGGGUGAUCAGCUUAAAGCUGGCUUUUUCUAUGUCCGAUGCAGCCCAUUAUGUGUGUCCCUUGGAUCAUUAAAAAAAGAAAAAAGAAAAAUCCCCCUCUGAGGGGAGCAGACAAAAUUAUUUGGAAAACUCAAGCUUAAUGCAGAGCUCAGAUCUUCCCGCUUCUCAAAAACUAUCAACAGUGUUUCGGGGAAAAUUGUAUUUGCUUCAGCUCUCUGUCCCACUCUCAUAUGGAUGUGUGGGUAUGGGGGUGUUCAGGAGGUGACAUUUUUUGGUAAAUGUGUCAAAUGUAAAACCUACAAGCUGUAAAGUACACAAACCAUGUGCUCAGUUUGCUGAGUUUUCACACAGUGAACACACCUGCAUUAGCUUACCUGGGGCAAGAAACAUAGCACAGCCUUGGGCCAUUCCAGUUUCUACCUGGCUCCAACACAGGCCACCACUCUCCUGGCUUCUAAUUCCAUUGCCAUUUAAAAUAUACAUUUUGGGAACAGUGAAUACAAUAAGUGCUAUUUUGUGUCUGGCUUU